CAGACACACACUCUUUGUUAGUAGUUUUGCAACUUUCUGGGGUUGACAAAAUAACUUUCCAGAAGAAGAAAACGACGCAGAUAGAUAUGGAGAACCAAUCAUUUGCAAUGACAGGAGGAGAGGGUCCUCACAGGCCACAGCUACGCUCAAAAUUCUUCCUUUCGGGGAGGAGUUUUUGAAGCUAACAAAAGACUGAUUAAGGCCGCAAUAGCCAACAACUUUGAUCCUAUGACAUGCGUUGAACCCACAAAUGUCAUCAGUAUUGCUGACCUAGGAUGCACCACUGGGCCUAACACCAUUAUUGUAAUGCAAACCAUAACAGAAGCAAUAGAAAACCAAUAUUACAAAACAGUGCAGAAACUUUCUGCUCAGCAAAUCCCAGAAUUCCAAGUCAUCUUCAACGAUCAAGUCUCAAAUGACUUCAACACACUCUUCAAGCGGCUUCCUCCCAACAGAAACUACUUUGCUUCUGGGGUUCCUGGCUCUUUCCAUGGACGCUUAUUCCCAAAGAAAACUCUCCAUUUUGUUCACUCAGCUUCAACACUUCACUGGCUCUCUAGGGUUCCUAAAGAGAUUACAGAUAGAAGCUCUAGUGCAUUUAACAAGGGAAGGAUUCAUUACAUAAAUGCUCCGAAGGAAGUACAAGAUGCGUAUGCAGCCCAGUACAGAACUGACUUUGAGAAUUUCCUUCACGCUAGAGCACAAGAACUUGUGAGCAAUGGACUAAUGGCGCUUCAGAUCGCUACUGUGCCUGAUGUGAUUCUCGAAUCUGAUAUACAUCCUGCUAGGGUUUAUGAGCUUCUUGGAUCUACUCUCAUGGAAAUGACUAAAGAGGGACGAGUGAGUGAAGAAAAAGUUGACUCAUUCAAUGUGCCUCUCUUUUAUUCACCUGCCAAGAAUCUGAAGGAAAUUCUGGAGAAGAAUGAGAGUUUCAGUGUUGAGCAGAUGGAAACACUGAAAGUUGAAGAAUUUUAUGAAGCCCCAAAUGCCUCCAACUUCGUCUCCAUGUUACGAGCUUUCUUGGGAGAUUUGAUUGAGCAGCACUUUGGAGGUGGAAUUGUUGAUGAGCUUUUUGAUCGCUUCACUCACAAAGUAGUUGAAUUUCCAGAUAUCAUGAAUCCAAAGAAGUUAAAACUGGUUAUGCUUUUUGUUAUAAAGUGCAACAAUUAAUGAGCUUUAUUAAGUAAUAGGGAAUUCGGCGUGUUGUGGCUCAGUUCAUUAAUGUUUGCUAGAAAAUAAGUUUUCGUUUCUUUCCUAGCUAGAACUUCGUUAAAUCCGAAGAUCAAUGAUAAUUGAGUACGAGUCACAUAUAUUUAUUGCCAUUUCACACUAUCUUUUGAUCCAAUU